AUGUUGUUGGAGCAUAUCUGGCUUGGAAACGCCGUGUUAUGUUUCAGCUGGGAGCCGAGCGUGACGAACUUCGACCUCGGCUCGCUGAUCGAGCAGAACAAUCUCUCGGAGGACAGCUGUCUGCUCGUCGUCGACAACAAGGUCUACGACCUCACCCUCUGUCUCCAGGACCAUCUCUCCUGCAAUCUCCAGCACGCCCCCCUGGCGGACGACAACGAGCCCGCCGACACCCUUCUCUCCUUAAUGAUCCCCCCAAAAAAACAGAUCUCAUCAUCCCGAUCGACCAACACCGCUGGCCCCCCUAUCCAUCGGCCAACCCCGGCCGCACAGCCCUCCCACCUCGACCGGGCCAACGAGCUCGUCCGGCUCUCCAAGCAGCGCGUCAUCGACGCCCAGCGCGGCGUAGGCGUCGCCAACCUCUCCCUCGCAGACGCCUUUGCACAGCUCGUCGAGGCCGAGAAAGUCAAGGACCAUCUCGUCCUGCAGGCCUCCGAAGGCUACAGACCCAUCUGGCCCGCCUGGCUCAACGAAAACAACCAAUGA